CUCACGGUCAUGUGGGUUACGAAAAGCUUUGGUUGUAUGAUCACAGGUGGUUGCUUGUCAGAGCUGAGGACGUGAUAUAGCAGGUUAAAAGUACAUGGGAAGGAUUGUAACGAAAAAGAAAGAUAAAUAGGAGAACGUAAUAUUUUAUUACCAAAACUGAAUGGUGAAAGGGAAGAGAAUGUUCUAGAACAGGUUCGGUUGUCUGGUAGAUAUUUGGUCUUUUACCGGUUAAAGGGACAAACUCUCCUUGAGCUAAAUUCCUAAAUUCGCAGUCCCUAUUUCAAAUCAACACUUGCGAUCUCUGAUCUGAAGUACAAGGAAUGAAGAACCUUCCGUAUUUCUGCAGAGGUGAGGUGAUUCGAGGGUUUGGCAGAGGGAGCAAGGAACUUGGGAUCCCGACAGCUAAUUUUCCCGACAGUGUGGUUGAUAACUUGCCAGCUGAUAUCUGUACUGGCAUUUAUUAUGGCUGGGCCUGUGUCGGGAAUGGAGAUGUGCACAAAAUGGUCAUGAGCAUCGGCUGGAACCCCUACUACAAGAACACCAAGAAAUCAAUGGAAGCGCAUAUUAUCCACACCUACAAAGAAGAUUUUUAUGGAGAAAUGCUCAGCAUAGUCAUUGUUGGCUACAUUCGUCCGGAAAAAAGUUUUGAUUCUUUAGAUGCUCUCAUAGCAGCAAUUCACAGUGACAUUGAAGAGGCACAGAAGAGGCUAGAUUUACCUGAUUGCAGAAAGUUAAGAGAAGACAACUUCUUCAGGACAUCAGCAAACCAAAUAAUGAAUGGCCAUUGACUACAGCGAUCCUUUCAAUGCAUGUUAUGCUUCCUGUUCACCAGUACAGCUGCAUUGAUUUUUAUAUUGUCUGUUAUAUUGUGUUCUAAUAAGUGUGAUCAUGUUAAAAAGCAAAGAAAGUAACUUAAUAUGCAUUCAGAAGUCGAACACAUUUUAAAAGGGUUUAUUUCUUUGCAGACCAGCACAGGGACUCCAUUAAACUGUCAUGUCUUGUGGAACUUUCAGCCACUUCGUGGCAUUUGAAGUUUUGACUAAUUAUAACAUUGAUUGGCUUAUUUAUGAGGAUCCUGAUCAAUGUGAAUUAAAGAUUGCUGCAUGACAAGCUUAAAUUCUUCUCACUAAAAUUAAUUUCUAUAAUAAAGCUGCUAUAAUAGUAGAAAAUGCUAGCCAAGGCACUAAGUAAAUUAUGCUUAUCAUAUAUAUAUAUAUUAAGAUGCAUUGAAAACUCAAAUGAUAUUGCUUUCAGCUCCUUGUCUGUCUAAAUUGUAACCUCUGAUUGUCUAACACUUAUGCACAGUUUUGUGUAUGUAAAAUAUAUUUGUAUUUUGGCCUACUUUAAAAUUUUAAUAAUCUGCAGUGGUAAUUGUAUUUUAUGUAUAGUUAAAGACAUUACAACUGUAAUGCGAGUGCAUCUUCCCACUACUUUUACAUCAUUGUUAUGGCAGAGUCACAAGGCUAUAACAUGGCAGAAUAUGGUAUCUCUGUUUAUAUUCAUAAUACAGUUGUAUGUUUGGCUGUGUAUGCAUGUGUAGAUGUAUUUUUUUUUAUUUUCUGCACUAAACAUUUUUAAAUUACUUAUAAACCUGUUUAUAACCAUACUCAUACUGUAUUUUGACCGUAUUGUGAAAUAUCAGCGAACAAGUUCAGAUUUAAUGUCUUACUGUACCAUGUAAAACGCAAAAAUGCUAUUUGCCAUAUUCAGAAUUGUGGCAUUAUCUUGAAAAUUUUACCAUUAAUUACCUUGUACUCGAUUACGAAGCUCCUGUGAAUCAAAUGAUGAAAAUCACUGAGCAUCUGCAGUGAGCCUCUUCUUCUUUUUUUAAAAUUCCAAAUUCCUUAAUUUCCUUAUUACAGAGACAUUUGGCUGUCCUGUAUUUUAAAUUUUUGGUUUUCACAUUUUUAAUAUGUUCUUUUAAAUUUUAAAUGGGGAUGAGAUUCUAGAAGUAUAAUGAAAUGUUUGGUGUGUUAUAUGAAAAUUAAGCCAAUGGUUCAAUCAUUGAGUUUUAUUCUGUUUGAAAAUGAAGAAUUGGUAGCACUUGAAAAUACUGUUAUAAUGCAAACACAAUUUCUCAUUUUGUGAAUCACAUUAGAACCUGUGUAUUGUAUUGUAUCCUGUAAUGUUCAUUCUAUUAACCUGUAUGCUGUGUUACGUUCUACAUGAGUUUUGUUUCCAGAAAAGUGAUUCAGUAGUUAAGUAGUCAAAUAUGAAUACAAAGUAAAGGUCAUUUUAAAGUUUGCUUUGUAACAAAGCACAUCUCUUGUAGUUAUGACACUGAAAGAAUACUGCAUAUAGAAUUUAUUCAGUAAAAGUAAGGGACUAUUUGUAUAUUGUGACAUUGUUUUGCAAGAUCCUUUUAACCAGCACAACUUGGGUUUUAGUAAUAUAUUUGUUAAUGUUUUGUGCUCUUGAAUUGAAAAUGUUUACUCAUCUGCUAAGAACAUUUGUCUUUUCACUUGUAAGGACUGGACAAGUAUAGACAGACUUGUUAGUAGAAUUGUGUUUAACUGAAAAAUGCAACCACCUUGUUUAACAAAGAUGUCAUGGUAAUAGUGUUUUAUGAUAACUGGCUUUCCCUAAUUUUAUUUUGUUUCUACUAAUCAGUGUUUUUUUCACAACUGAAACUAGAGAAAUGUUCCAAUAAAAGGCACAUAGAGUCUGACAGUUUAUAUAGGUUUCCAUGUCUGUUUGUUUUAAAGAUGUUUCUAAAAGGAAUAUCCCCCAUCAUUUUGAUUAGGAGCUAGUUUUCACAAUUUCCUGUGUAUAAUUUCUCUAUGAAAAUAGUAAUUUGUGUUUCUGUUGGUGGGGGAAAUAAAACAUUCUGAUAUGUAAUCUUCUUCACAACAUAAGGAUUUGAUGGAUAUGUGGAAUACAAGUUAUAAUGUUACAGACCAAUUGAGUGAAAUGGAAAUCUAGCAUACUCUGCACAUUUGAACUAAGCAGAAGUACAUAUUACUUGUAAUUGAUCCAUCAGUCUUUUUCAGGGACCAGCCUCCUUAAAAUCGAAGUUCAUUCGAUUUACUGAUCAUUUUUACUCCAGAGCUGUUUUUUUUUAUUUUCCUGAAUUGUUGCGGUAAUAUCCUGGAAAACAUUGUCAACUAUUAAAGAUGAUGAAUGUUAAAAAUGCAA